AUGAUCCCUAUAGCCACACCAGCAGGGAGAGAGAAAGAGAGGGACCUCGGAGAGGUGGAGGAGGCCUGGGAGGGAGGAGGGCUGGUGACCAGAAGGUGGCAUGUGGCUCUCAUGCGCCAAGGAGCAGCAAACAAGGAUGCUGCGCAUAGAGGUGGUGGGGAUGAUUCAGGUUGGCUGUCAUGCUGUGUGACAGUCCAAACCUGGUACCUGUCCGAAGGAAUGACACACGGCAAACAAUGGCGAAUAACAGCAGUUUCAUUGUAUUUUGAGAUGAAGCAUACCAGACCUUUGUUGGAGAAAAAGGAAUAUAACAGCUGUAAAGAUAUUGCGAAUUUUCACCGGCCAAAAGCAUUAUGGUAUCCCCAUGACAAUGAGGUGGCUGUCAAAGAACAAGGGAAAUUGCCAACACAAGGACCUAUGAAGAUUAUUAUAAAGAGUUUGGGUGGCAAGGGGAGUAAACUGCAUGUCGAUAGUGAAGAAACUCUCUCUUCUGUGAAAGCAAAAGCUUCCAAAAAGCUAGAUUUUAAAGUAUCAGAAACAGUGAAAAUAUUUUAUUUAGGGAGGGAGCUUCAAGAUCACAAGUCACUUGCUGAACAAAAUGUUCAACCAAACUCCUUGUUACAUCUUGUUCGUACAAAGAUACAUUUGUGGCCAAAAGCACAAAGGGUUCCCGGUGAGAACAAGUCUUUGCGUCCUCCUGGGGCAUUCAAGAAAAAGUCUGAUAUGUCGAGGUACAGUGCCGUUUUGGUGAAUAGGUAUUGCGAAGAAAGGCCUUUACUUUUGAGCAACGUUGGAAUGGGUGCAAGACUUUGUACAUACUAUCAAAAAUGCUCACCGGAUGACCAAUCUGGUGCCUUAUUACGCAACACAGAUGGUAGCUUGGGGCACAUUAUUGCUCUGGAUCCUGCAGAUAAAUCUCCUUUCCUUGGAGAUUUGAAACCUGGUUGCAGUCAGUCAUCACUUGAGACAAAUAUGUAUAGAGCGCCAGUAUUUCCUCAUAAAGUUCCACUAACUGACUAUCUGCUAGUUCGCUCAUCAAAGGGAAAGUUAUCAUUAAGGCGCAUUGAUAAAAUUAAUGUUGUCGGACAGCAGGAGCCACUCAUGGAGGUAUUUUCUCCUGGAAGUAAAAAUCUUCAGACUUACAUGAUGAACAGGCUAUUGGUACACAUGUGCCGAGAAUUUCAAGCAGCAGAGAAGCGGCACUUGCCUCCUUAUAUCCGGGUUGAUGAAUUCUUGUCACAGUUUCCUUACCAAUCAGAAGCGUCAUUCCGUAAGAAAAUAAAGGAAUAUGCCAAUUUACAGAGGGGAGCCAAUGGACAGUCAAUUUUGGUUAAAAAGAGAAAUUUUCGCAUGUGGUCAGAAGAUGAAUUGAGAAAAAUGGUUACACCAGAGCUUGUUUGUGCCUAUGAAAGCAUGCAAGCUGGCCUCUAUCGACUAAAACAUUUAGGAAUAACUGAAACACACCCUACAAAUAUUUCAUCUGCAAUGAGCCGGCUUCCUGAUGAAGCAAUAGCAUUGGCUGCCGCAUCACACAUUGAGAGGGAACUGCAGAUUACUCCUUGGAACUUGAGUAGCAAUUUCGUUGCUUGUACAAGCCAGGGAAAGGAAAAUAUUGAACGGAUGGAAAUUACUGGUGUUGGUGAUCCAUCUGGUCGUGGCAUGGGUUUCAGUUAUGCUAGGGCACCUCCAAAGGCACCAGUGUCUAGUGCAAUGGUGAAGAAGAAAGCAGCUGCUAACCGCGGAGGUUCUACUGUUACUGGUACAGAUGCUGAUCUCCGUAGAUUAAGCAUGGAGGCUGCACGAGAGGUUCUUCUUAAGUUCAAUGUUCCUGAGGAAGUCAUUGCAAAACAAACCAGGUGGCAUCGCAUUGCUAUGAUACGUAAACUUUCAAGUGAGCAAGCUGCAUCUGGGGUUAAGGUUGAUCCAACAACUAUCAGCAAGUAUGCUCGUGGCCAGCGAAUGUCCUUUCUUCAGUUACAGCAGCAGACCAGAGAAAAAUGCCAGGAGAUUUGGGAUCGACAAGUUCAGAGUCUGUCAGCAGUAAAUGGUGAUGAGAAUGAGAGCGAUUCAGAAGGGAAUAGUGAUCUGGAUUCUUUUGCUGGAGAUCUGGAAAAUUUACUUGAUGCUGAGGAGUGUGAGGAGGGAGAAGAGGGUACAAAUGACUUAAAACGUGACAAGGGAGAUGGUGUGAAGGGUCUUAAAAUGAGAAGACGCCCAACUUUGGCUCAGGCAGAGGAGGAAAUAGAAGACGAAGCAGCUGAGGCUGCUGAAUUAUGCAGGUUGCUUAUGGAUGAUGAUGAAUCUGAUAGGAAGAAAAAGAAGAAAACUAAAGGUAUGGUGGAAGAAACAAGAUUGGUAGCAAAGGUGCCUUCGAAAUUUGCCUUUGACAAUGGUGAACAAGUUAAGCAAAUAACAAAUACUUUACAAUUAGAUGGAAAUAAUCCCUUGAAAGAGGAUGCAAUCACAGAUCAAAGAGAGGAGGAAAACUUUAUUGCUAAAAAAAGCAAAUCAGUGAAGGUCAAUAAAGCCAAGAAGAAUGAUAUGACACCUAUUAGCCUUCCCAAUAAAAAAAUAAAAUUGAAUAUGGGAGAAGGAAUUAAGAACCAGGUGUUUAAGGAGAAAAAACCAUCAAGGGAAACUUUUGUUUGUGGAGCAUGUGGUCAGCCUGGGCACAUGCGAACGAACAAGAACUGUCCAAAAUAUGGUGAGGAUCUUGAAACUCAGCUUGAAUCUGCAGAUAUGGAAAAAUCAUCUGGAAAACCCAUAUUUGUGGAUCAUUCCAGUCACUCCCAGGCUAAAGCCCCCUCCAAAAAGUCAAUGCCAAAAAGCACCACCAAAAUUGCUCCUGUUGACAAUUCAGCCAAAGUUCCACUGAAAUUCAAAUGCGGCUCCACAGAGAAAUCUUCUGAUAAACCUGCAACAGAGAUCUUGCAGAAUUCUGACAAGCCAGUCACUUCGGACUCAGAAACUGCAAAAUCUGCUAAGGUUAAUAAGAUAAUUAUUCCCAAAAAAGGGAAACCGGAUGAUACACAAGCUGAAUCCCGUAAGCAUGCUGUUGUUAUACGGCCUCCUACUGAAUCAGGUAGAGGGCCUCCUACUGAUUCAGGUAGAGGGCAGGUUGAUUAUAACAAGUUACCAAUUAAAAUACGCCCACCAACAGAAAUAGAUAGGGAGCAAAGUCACAAAAAGAUUGUUAUAAAACGUACAAAGGAGGUUAUUGAUCUAGAACUGGACAGUCCUGGUGGAAACACAGGACUUCAACACAGAAAGACUAAAAGAAUUGUUGAAUUGUCGAAUUUCGAGAAACAAAAGAAACAAGAGAGCGUGUAUGGAACUGAAGGUUUUCCAAAAUGGGGCACUAAAGAGGACAGAAGAUGGUGGGAAGAGCAAGAGAAACGAAGAAAUGAUGCAAGGCUUCGAGAAGAAGACAGAGCAAGAAGGCAUCAUAAAGAAGAAAUCAGGAUGCUCAAAGAGCAAGAAAGGUUAGACGAAAUAAAAAGAUUUGAAGAAGAUAUUAGAAGAGAGAGGGAGGAGGAAGAACGGCAAAAGGCUAAGAAGAAAAAGAAGAAGAAAAAACCUGAUUUAAGAGAUGAGUAUCUAGAUGACCCUAGAGCAAGACGACAUGAUAAGAGAAUGCCUGAAAGAGAGCGGAGUGGUAAAAGGAGAUCUGUUGCUGAGUUAGGAAAGAUUGGUGCAGAUUAUAUGCCACCAACAAAACGCCGAAGAGGGGGAGGGGGAGAGGUACGUUUCUAUGUUGGUUUGGCAAAUAUAUUGGAGAGCAUUGUGGACAGCAUUGUGAAAGAUAGGUACGAGCUGUCGUAUCUUUUCGUGAAACCGGUGUCGAAGAAGGAGGCUCCUGACUACCUGGACAUUAUAGACACGCCUAUGGAUCUUUCCAGAAUCAGGGAGAGGGUACGGAACAUGGAGUACAAGAGCCGAGAAGAUUUCAGGCACGAUGUCUGGCAAAUUACUUAUAAUGCACAUAAAUAUAACGACGGGCGAAAUCCGGGAAUUCCUCCCCUUGCAGAUAUGCUUUUGGAAUAUUGUGAUUAUUUGUUGAAUGAGAACGAUGAUAGCCUCACUUCAGCAGAAGCUGGCAUUGAAAUUAGAGAUUUCUAG